CGUAAAGUGAGAGAGGGAAAGUUAUAGUCAGAAGGGCAUAUGGGGCUGACGACUAGGGCACCGGAUCCGCUGUCCUCUCUUACGCUCUCUCUGUGUCUGCAACUCUCCGCCUCCUCUCGCCACCGUUUCCCUUCUACCCGCUAGUUUCUGGAAGUGAUCUACUGUGAGACAUUUAAGACCAUGUCUGAAUCAGCAGAAGAAUUCCGAUGCUUCAUUGGGGGCCUGUCAUGGUCAACAUCUGACAGCUCUUUGAGGGAAGCAUUUGGAAAAUUUGGCCAUCUUGUGGAUGCAAAGGUGGUUGUUGAUCGGUUCUCUGGUCGUUCUCGUGGCUUUGGCUUUGUUACUUUUGAUGAUGAGAAGGCUAUGGAAGAUGCAAUGCGUGCAAUGGAUGGCAUGAAUCUUGAUGGUCGAGCUAUUACCGUUGAUAAGGCUCAACCAUCUGGUAGAGAUCGUGAUGGUGGCUCUUACCGCGAUCGUGACCGUGGUGGUCGUGAUCGUGGCCGUGAUCGCGAUUAUGGUGGAAGAAAAGGACCUGAUAACCGGGGAGAGUGCUUUAAAUGUGGUCAGCAGGGGCAUUUUGCUAGGGAAUGUCCAUCUGGUGAAGGUGCUUCUGAUGACAAAUAUGACAGCAGCAGGGGAAAUGGUUGGGGUGGUGGAAGUGGCAAUCACUAUGGUCCUGAUCGAAAUGGUGAUCGUUAUGGUGGGCGCAACAGGGAUGGAGGUCAUGGUGGCGGCACUGGAACUGACCGUUAUGGUCGUGAUCGUUCAGGGCCAUAUAAACGACCUGGUGCAGGGGGCUAUCGUUCUUAGCUGUUUACACAUGUCUUUCGUGGAACUCAUGGUGGGUUUUGCUGCUGGGAACUGCAAGGAACCUUUGUUAUCUAUAACUUGAAAUUAUAGAUUAUGCUUGUGCCAAUGCGUGAGAUGAUCUAGUUUGCAUGCAUUUUUACUGCUAUGUGGCACGAAAGGAAACUGCACUGCGUUUGUAUGGGUUGAUUAUAUGGUGCUUCCUCGGGUGCAUUAUUUUGCUUGUGUGUGUCACAGUUUUUUCGUUAAAAUCCGAAUGUUAUCACUGCUGUCAAUACCCGGAAUGCUGCUAGAUACUAUGCUCUACAUUUGGUCUUCGAUUGUUAUUCUACUGGAUGUUUAGCAGUCUCCCCACUAAUUAAUUUGGCCCCCGUAGUCAGUCCUACGUAAGUAUGACAGAUAAACAAUGUUAGAAGCAACAUUGCAUAUGGAUACUGUGCUUUCUCUGCCUUUGUCAGACACAGUUCUAAUCAAAUCGACCAAGAUAAGGAGUUACGGUAAAAUUUUGUGCUUUUGUUUAACUUUUGUCCAAGUAAUCUUUCUUAGAUGGACAUCAAAAUGAUUUUAAUUAUGUUGAUGUUUUUGCAGGCUUGAUGCAUUUUCCAGUAUUCUUGGAUACAUGCUUUAGGCUUGGGUUUCUAAUCGCAUUGGAAAUGUUAUUUUGAUGCGUGCAUUGGUUUUUUUGAAACAAAAGUUCUUGAGUUUUUGGGAGGUGCUGAGGGCAACCUGAGCAGUGUCUAUUACCAAAGGCUUGUCAGUUGUCACCUUCUCCAUUAGAUUCUGCUUGUGGCCAUCCUGCUUUGAUAUAGCUGAAAGUGCAAGUUUGAGGUUGGUUACUGUGAUGUUCUGGAGGUAGCAUAGGUGCCCACUGCUUGAAAGCAACUUCAAAUUAUUCCCCUCCUUAUUAUCGGGAUUGCCCCUCUGGCUGCAAUGGAUCAGCUGUGAACCGAAUAUUUGUGUUUGGUACUAGUUUGAAGGAAAUUUUGAAAAGUUUAUGUCCAUGGUACUUUCCAAAGAUUCUCUCCAGGUCUCUUGUUCUUUGAGCAUACUGUUCAUUGGUCAGCUUUCUUGGGCAAGGAUUCUUUGGUCGGCUUCCCUGGUGCAAGGGUAUCUUUCACUGUGUAUGGGUUGCAAGCAGACAAACAAAUAUGUUAAAAACUUGUUCUGUGCGUGAGUAUUUAUUGUGAAAGAAGAAUUUCAUUCAUACCACGGGCACCUCAGCCUUGAGAUAGUCUACCUUUCUCAGACUGGUUGACAGUGAUGCUGUUUGUGAUGUUUCAGAACAGGUACAUUUAUUCUGUAUGUCAGUUAAAAUUGCUCUUUGAUUUAACUGUUUCAUUGUUCACACUGCUGCUUGAAUGCCUUUUUUAGUUUGAUCUAAUCUAAUUUAGAUGCUGUGUGUAUUCCACUUUCAUUGUUCAAAUUCCAAAGUAAUUGUCUA